AUGCCUGCAAGUUCUAUAUCAAUUUCAUUUCACACUCUUCUUUUUGUCUUUCUCAUUUACUUUUCUCCUGUACAAGUUAAUAACUCCUUGUCUCAAUUUCUUCCUGUUUUUUUGUGUCAUUUUCUUCCUAUCCUCUUUUCUAAACUAUGGCUGAUUCCAAAGAUUCCUUCAGGAUUUGAACCCAAAUCUUCAUCUUCAUCCACCUCAACCACAACCUCAUCCUCACAAAAACAUCAUAGGACUUUUUUUAUGACUCAAAACAUCCUCAGAAUCUUAGUCAUUAUCCUCACUGCAGUUUCAAUUCUAGUUACAGUCACCAACAACCAAACCGUUACGCUCUAUACUUUUCAGUUUGAAGCUCACUUUUAUUACUCUUCAUCUCUCAAGUUCUUUGUUGCUGCAAAUAGUGUGGUCUGUUUCUUGUCGGUGUUGUUACUGUCAUUCAAUCUUCUGAAGAGGAGGCAACAAACACACCAACUAAAAGACUACUACUUCUUCCUAUUUUUGUUUGAUUUGGUGAUGACGGUGUUGUUGAUAGCUGGAUGUGCUGCAGCCACGGCCAUUGGAUUUGUAGGACAGUAUGGAGAAGAUCAUGUGGGUUGGAUUCCAAUAUGUGACAAUGUGAAAAAGUUUUGCAGAAUCAAUUUGGCUACACUUUUGGUUUCAUAUUUGGCUUUUUUAGUCAAUUUGGGACUCACAUGUUUAAUAGCUUACAAAUGCACCAAAACAUGA